CCUGUCGUACGCUGCCCAGCGCUGCUUGGCCCUCACCGAACGAAGAAAAAUCUCCAAUGGUUGCCGUGGAAAGACAGGAUGUGCGUUCGGGUCCCCGAGUGCCACAGUGGUAUGCCGGUCGGUCGGUGCUGGUGACAGGGGCCACCGGCUUCCUGGGGAUAGCCAUUGUGGAGAAGCUGCUGCGGUCCUGCCCUGACAUUGGCACUAUCUACAUGCUGGUGCGGCCAAAGCGUGGACAGGACCCCCAGGCGAGGCUGGAAGCCUAUGUGUCCAAUGUUGUGUUCUCGAAGGUUCAAGAAGAGCAGCCCGAUUUCGCGCGCCACCUGUCCGUGAUCGCUGGCGAUGUCAGCUCACCGGACUUCCGGCUGGCAGAGCAGGAGAUGGCGGCUCUGCGGCGUGACGUCAGCAUCGUCUUCCACUGCGCUGCAAGCGUCCGCUUCGACGACAGCCUGCGCCAGGCCGUCACCACCAACGUGGUGGGCACCAAGCGCGUGCUGCAGCUGGCCGAGCAGCUGCCCAACCUGCAGGUAUUCCUGUACAUCUCUACCUCCUUCUGCCAGUCAGACCAUCAAGUCGUUGAAGAAAAAUUGUACCCAGCAAAAGCAGACCCAGAAAUGAUUAUGAAUAUUGUUUCCUCGAUGGACGAUGAUCUUUUAGGGCUUAUAACACCAAAGUUGCUGGGAAAUCUACCGAACACAUACGCCUUGACGAAGAACCUGACAGAGGAGCUGGUGGCGAGGUACUCCGACCGGCUGCCUAUCGUCAUUGCCAGGCCGUCCAUUGUGGUAUUGGCCUGGAAAGAGCCGCUGGAAGGGUGGGUACCGAAUAUGAAUGGACCCCUCGGCUUCCUCGUAGCUGGUGGGAAAGGCGUACUGAGGGCUAUAUUAGCAGACUUCAGCCUCUCAUCAGACCUCAUACCCAUCGACUGCACAGUGAACGCCAUCAUCACAGUGGCGUGGCAUGUUGCAGAAACGAGGCAGCCGAGUCCAUAUGUUUGCAACAUAACUAAUGGGAAUCAGAAUAAAGUCACCUGGGCUAGCAUCUUGAAGAAUCUGAAGAGAAUUAAUACGACGGAGGUUCCUUUGAGACCAGUUCUGUGGUAUGGUGAGCCAAUUGUGACGACUUCUGUUGUGUGGUACACAAUUUGCCACUUCUUCCUCGAAGUUCUGCCUGCGCAUGUUCUAGACUUCUUCAUCCGCCUUUCUGGAAGAAAACCAUUCUUGGUGAAAGUAAACAAUCGUUUGCAAUCUGCCAAGAUCAUGUUGCGGUAUUACAUGUUACACGAAUGGACAUUUAUCAACAGAAAUAUUAUUUCGCUAUAUAAAUCUAUGGCUCCUGAGGAUCAAGAAAUCUUUUAUUUUAAUCUUAAUGACAUUGAUCAGUAUGAAUUUUGUAAAAAGGGAAUUAUUGGAGCGAAGCGGUACCUUCUGAAUGAGAGCCUCGAUGAUAUACCCGGUGAUUUGAGAUACAUGAGAAGGAUGUACCUGUUGCACAUUACAGUGCUAACACUUUUCUAUGGCCUGCUACUCUGGCUGCUGUACUCGUGGUCAUGGCCAGCACUGGAGAUGGUUGAAACGGCAAUGGAAUACUUGACUUCUGCGUUUCAUGGAUCUCCUUUUAUUAGAAUACACACAGACGAAGGUCCUGUUACUUCUACUGUGUUGCCAGACGAUGUGGUUGAUGUGUCACACAGCUGACUCCUCUGUUGCGUUUUAUUCAAAUAACUAGUUUCAAUUUUAUGCUAGUAAUUGGUUCCAAUAAGAUUUCCUCAUUACCAAAACCUGUAAGAAGGAGAAAAUUUGUUCACAAAAUCUAGCCUGUGUAAAGAAAACUGUAAACAUCCAAUUGUUUAUUUUUAAGUAUAUGAUAUCAUUGUUAACAAAUACAAGCAACAACAAUGUGUUUCUGUCAUAUUGUUACUGUACCACAGUUUUACUGUGGGUAAUAGGACAGCACAUACUUCAUACGAAUACAGUGCUGAUAAAAAUGCUAUGUGGUAUGGAAUAAUGGAACAUUUAAGUUUAAA